UAGCCAUAUCUAUAAAUAUAUGAAGAUAACAUUCUCUUCAGCCUCAUUCUUCCAAUAAAUCCAGAAUAAGAGAGCCUGAGGUUCUACCCAUUGCUUAUUCCUAGAGGGGGAACCUGGACAACAUGAAGGGGAAAGUCAUUUCUAUUAUAAUUUGUCUCACUCUUCUGGCCGCUGUCACAGCAUGGCAUCAGGAACCCAGAAAGAAAUCUGGCCUCAAGCCCCAAGAUGUCCCAACUGUGAUCAGACAUCCCACAGUUAACAAAACAAAUUCAUCAAAGAGCGUCUUUGUUGAAAAGGAGGAGCACAAUGGUAGCAAACCCAGGAAAAGGAGAGACACCAUGAUGGUGCUGGAGAUACGAGAUCCAAAUGAGGAAAGUGGAGGGAAAGUUAGGACUACUGCUAAACCAAUGACACGACCAUCGAUCAAAAUUGGACAUUAUUUCAUCAAUCUUGGGAAACAUAAAAGAACGUCUCUGGAGUCUAAAAGAGUACAACAACAGAUGGCGGAGAUUUAUGAAGGGUCUGGUACCAUAGAUCCAACUCCGGAGGGAUCUGGAGAACCAGAAACAAGCUAUACUGUUGCUACCUCCAAAACCCCUGUCUCCUUCACUACACAGUCAUCAGUCAUUAGCACAUCGUCUAAAUGCCAGAAUGGAGGUACCCAUGAUGGAAUUAAUUGUAUUUGUCCCAGUAAUUUUUAUGGAUUAGAAUGUGAAUUCAUCAGAGACCUUCAUGUAGGAAAGCAUGUGGACACCUUUGUGAAAGUGACUUUGAAGAUUACUAACCAGGACUAUACGGAAGCUCUGAAUGAUAAAACAUCUGCUGAAUAUGUCAAGUUUGAGAGCAACUUCAGAACAGAGAUGAAUAAAGUCUACAGUGAUGUUCCUGGAUAUAAAGGGGUACAAAUUGGCACUGUAAGCCGAGGAAGCAUCGUUGUUGAGCACAAUGUUACAGUGGAAACUGAAUACAAGAAUAACACUAGUGUGAUAGAAAACUAUGAUGAAAUCUUCCGUGAUGUGAACACUGUGUUGGAGAAGCUUGUGACGGAGAACUGUACUGGGCAAGAGAACUCAUCGCUGUGCAUUGGGGCCAAUAUUACUACUGAAGAGAUUUAUCCUACAAGUGAGAACGAUAUCUGUAAGAUGGGAAUUCCAGAAAACUUUUUGAGUUUCUUCACUCCGGUUGUGAAUGAUAAAGGUCUGACCUGUGUGUCUGAAUGUAAUGAGCUCUCCCCAAGAUACAUGGACUGUACACGUGGCACCUGCCAGAUUCAGAGCGUUAAAGGGACCCAUUGCUUGUGCCCAGAUGCAAAUGAAUACCUGUACACCUCAGCAAGAUGUGCGACGCGGAUCUCAAAACCUGCCAUUUAUGGAAGCGCUGGAGCAGUUGGUGCUGCCCUGUUAAUUAUCAUCAUCACAGUGGCGAUCUUACUGACCCGAGAGAAGAAACAUAAGAAAAAGAGCACUAGUGAGCCAUUCGGCAAUGACAAGGAAAAUAAAUGGUAUGAAGAUGAUGAAGAGUGGACCAAUAAAAACGAAAGCAUUCCGGCAACUAAUUCAGCCCUGCAAAGAGAAGACGAUAUACCGAAAAAUAAAUAUUCCGCCAAUAAAGAAAACUUCCAACCUUCUCUGGAAAAUGUGGACACAAUGAUACAGAUGAAGAUUAUGAGACCAGAGGUCAACAAACCAUUAUGAAGAAACCUUGUCUGUACAUCAGAAAAGUUUUCCUCUGCCAAAUUACAAUAAGGACUCUGAAGGAGAAAUUGGAGCACUGCACUUUUUUUCAGAACUCGCAUUUAUUGAAGGAUAUUUUUAACCUCAGAAAAUAUCAUCAUUGGAGCGUAUGAUUAGGUGCAAUCUACCUUGUGUCACGCUUUGAAGAGGUUCAAAGACCAACAUGGGAGAAACAGGAGACUUAGACUUGUAUUAUUAAAAAUCAAGGCAAGGUAGAAAUAAAUGUACCAUUCCUUGUUGCA